AUGGCCUUACAUGAAGGACCAAGGAACAGAGAAGUAGCUUCAUAUCCAGACAUUCCACAGGUCGUGUCGCUUGGAUCGUGGGCCAUUCCUUUGUCUUCUGGGCCGCCAGGAGGACUGCAGCUCGAGCGCGAGGCCAGCAGCUGGGCUUUCCGAAGGACCAGUUGGCGGUGCGAUGGCUUGGGUACAGGGGAUAUUGCUGGAGGGACAUCUGCUGUGACAUCACUUACUGUUAUGAAUCUAUUAAAAUUGUUUCUAAGAGCUGUGGGAAUCCAGAAGAAGCGCUCAUCAGGCCAGCUAUUGAAGGCAAUCGUAUUUGAGCUAGCCAGUUGUAUUGACCAAAGUCUCUUUCCUUCUGAUUCACUUGGUACCUUCAAGUAUGACCUAAAUAACUGGCCAAGUUCCUUUAAGGAUGUGAAUGACUUUGAUUGGCUGUCUAGUCUGUCAAAUCAACCUUGUCCACCAAAGCCUAUAUGCUUAACCUCUCAACACACCAUUGAAGGACCCAAGUUUUCAGAACAUCAGAACUACACUGUAAACGGCAGGCCCACUGGACAAUGUCCCAUAACAAAAUUUCAAGAAAAUUCAUCUGCUACGUUAACAAUUCAUGAGUUUGGCUCCGUUCCUCAACUGGAGACUCCUCAACAUAAACCUGCCCGGGAAGAUGCUUUUAGAAACUGGAGUCCACUGACUCUUCAAAUCAAAAUUUUACAGGAAUGCUUACCUUGUACAGAUCUAGACCAUGAGUGUUUAAAUCAGCCUCCAAAGCCUGUCGUAAACAAUGAUACUCUAUAUUCUUCAAAUAGUACAAAAAAAUCAGUUUUUAGCUUGCCACUUAAUAUGGCAAAAACCAUGCCAUGUUCUCAUAUGAAGAUGACCGAUCAAGAAAAAGAAGACACUGCUAAACCUAUUCUUUACUCCAACAAACCUAUGUCAUGGUCCAGAUCCAUACAAAAAUCAGUUUCCAGAGAUAGUCUUAAGAAUUCCAUUAAUUGUCGUGACUGCAGUGUUCAAACUGACAACCAGCCAUCAAAGAUUCCUGAUCUCUAUACAACACAACAUGAUUCCUCUCUCUAUGGCACAUUCCAUAAGCCUGAAUAUGUAGAACCAAAGCAAAGUAUCAUCUGGGACAGUUAUGACCUUCAUCUUUCCAGAAGCCUUGCAAAUAGUACGACAUCAAGUCAGGUCACUGAUUGGGCUUUAAGACAACCAGAUGAACGGUGUGGUGUUGAAAAGUUGCUUCUGAAUUCUGAAGAUGUUUUCAAGGUGUGGUAA